AUGGGUGAAAAAAACAGACAAAUAGGACACUACUCUAGCUCUCAAAAGAUAUUGUUGGUUGGUGAGGGAGACUUCUCAUUUUCUGCUUGUUUGGCUCGAGCUUUUUGCUCUGCCGCUAACAUGGUGGCUACCACUCUUGAAUCUGAAGAUACUCUACGGACGGAACAUUGGAGCAGUGAGGCACAUUUGGAAGAGUUGGAGAGAAGAGGAUGCUUGGUGUUAUAUGAAGUUGAUGUGUAUGAAAUGCACCAGCAUCCCACCCUUAUGUGCAUGAAGUUUGAUAUUAUCAUCUUCAACUUUCCUCAUGCAGGCCAUUACUCUUGGCUAUGCGAAAGAGAUGAUGAGCUCAUACAAAUGCACAGGGAUUUGUUGAAAGCAUUCUUCAAAAGUGCCCGUGGGAUGCUCAGCCAAGGUGGGGAAGUUCAUGUUUCACACAGGGAUGACUACCCCUACGAUCAAUGGAAGUUGAAGGAGCUUGCAGAGAAGGCCGGCCUGGUUCUGAAAGAGAAAGUGUGGUUCGAAAAGUCGAACUACCCUGGCUACCACAACAAGAGAGGAGGAGGCAUCCAGAGCAACAAAAAAUUUCCUCUCAAUGAAUGCUACACCUUCAAAUUUUCUCUGAAACAUGAAACUUCUCAUGAAUUAAAGCCUGCUUGCAACCAAACAACUAGCACUCUAAGUGAUGAUAUAUCAGAUGCUUUAAAUAGUAUGAAUUUGAAGUAAAAGGCAGCAUGAAGUAUGUAAGCAUUUGAAGUAAAAAGGCAUAUAUUGUAUCCUUUCAUGUUAUAGUUGGUUAUUUAAAUGCAUUUUGCUAAAUAUCAUCGCCGAUCCACAUGUACGUGGAUGACUGUGAACUAUUGAUUAGCGUGAGAUCCAGCACCGACGGUAGUGAAGCCCGGGUUUCUAAUAGAUUCUGGUGCUUAAAACUAUUUGAAAAUGUAAUUUUAAAGAGUUGCCCUUGCUUGGACGGUGGUUUGUGUUGUCUAGUUUUCAUAAAGGUGAUAUUAUA